AUGACGUCAGCAUCAUUGGAAGUUGCGCAAUUCAACAUUAAUCGCCCAGACGAAUGGCAACAAUGGCUGCGACGAUUUGAAAACAUGUGCCUCGCCAUGUCGAUUGACAACACAGAGAGAAAGAAAGCGUUAUUAUUACAUUUUGCGGGACCUGAAGUUUUUGACCUGUAUGAGAAUUUGCCCGCACCGCCGAAUGCAGAUGAAAAUGAUAAUGUUUAUGCCAACACCGUUAAGAAAUUGGAUAAUUAUUUCGUGCCAAAGAUAAACAUUGAUUUUGAAUGUGAUGUUUUCAGGAAUGCAAAACAGAAAUUUGGCGAAAAUAUUGAUACUUAUGUGGCACGUUUGCGUAAAUUAGCUGUUACCUGUGAUUUUACGGAUGCUGAUCGUGAAAUAAAACAGCAAGUUAUUUCUGGUGGAUGUGAUUCUAGAGUUAGGGAAAAAGCUCUACAGCAGCGUAUGUCUCUUCGAGAACUUCUGGAUUAUGCAAAAAGUCUAGAACAAGCAAAGCAACAAAUUAAACAACAUCACACGAGACCAGAGAAAUUAUAUGAAAUUGAUGUGCAGCGUGAAAAGAAUUCCGAUAGCAAAUUCAAGCCUAGAGCACCACAGCUUUCUUCGGCUAGAGGGGAAUACGCCGGGCGAAAAACGAAUGAAAACUCUAGUUCAUCAUACGAAUUACAUCAUACAAUGUCGUCCGUGCAAAAUAACAAUGUGGGUGUGAAAUGCAAUCCAAUCUAUCUUGAUCUUGACAUCGAUGGCAAAAACAUUUCUUGGGAAGUAGAUACAGGGGCUACACUAUCUGUCAUGUCUUUAGUGCAAUAUAAAAAGUUGUGGCCAAAAGCAGAAUUGAACCACACCGAUGUUAAACUGUCUACAUACACGGGGGAGUCUAUUCCAGUAGAGGGAGAAAGGGAUGUUACUGUAACGUAUCAAAAUGGUAACCCAAUGGUAUUGCCAAUCACUGUGGUAAGAAAUAGUAACCGCUGUAAACCAUUGCUGGGGAGAAAUUGGUUGAAACAUAUCAAACUUGAUUGGAAUUCAAUUUUCAAAAUUAACUAUUCUGAUGUUAAAAUCAGUACACUGCUUGAUAAGUAUCCUGAAUUGUCUUCACCUGGAUUAGGUUGUGCAAAAACUGAAGCUAAAUUGGAGAUUGAUUACAGCGUUAAGCCUAAAUUUUAUAAACCACGACCUGUACCUCUUGCACUCAAAGAAUUGGUCGAAGCUGAACUUGAUAGACAAGUUGAAAUCGGUGUUUUGAAGCCUUGUAAAACAUCCGAUUGGGCUGCACCUAUGGUUACCGUAUUAAAAGUUGAUCAGAAGUCAGUUCGGCUCUGUGGAAGUUAUGACUUGACUGUAAAUAAAGCAAGUCGUCUUGAGCAGUAUCCAUUGCCAAUGGUGGAUGAAUUAUUGACUAAAUUUGCUGGUGGUGAAAAAUUCUCUGUUAUUGAUCUGAAAGAGGCAUAUCUGCAGAUACCAUUGGCAGAAGAGAGUCAAAAGUACACAGUAGUUAAUACACAUAAGGGAUUAUUCACGACAAAUCGUCUUGUUUAUGGAAUAUCAAGUGCCCCAGCUAUAUUCCAGAGAUAUCUUGAAACACUGCUGGGUGACAUAGCAGGUGUAGGUGUUUUCCAAGACGAUAUUGGAGUAACCGGUUCUUCUGAUAAAGAACACAUAGCCAGAUUGGAAGAAGUUUUCAAGCGUCUUACAAAUGUAGGUCUAAAAAUUAAUCCAAACAAAUGUAAAUGGAUGGUUUCAGAAAUUACUUAUCUUGGAUAUCGUAUAAAUAAACUUGGAGUUCAACCAACUGAAGAUAAUCUGAGAGCUGUUCUGGAUGCCCCAGAACCACAAAAUAUACAUCAGUUGCGCUCAUAUCUGGGAAUGCCUAAUUAUUAUGGUAAAUUCAUUAAAAAUUUAUCAACUGUUGCUGCUCCUUUGUAUGAACUUCUUCGUUCGAAUGUUCGAUGGCACUGGAAUAAAAGGCAAGUGGAAGCUUUUAAGAAAACGAAAUCGCUAUUGUGUAAUGCUCCAUGCCUUGCUCAUUUUGACGGAAAUGCCGCCGUCAUUGUUUCUGCAGAUGCCAGUCCUUAUGGAAUCGGAGCAGUUUUAUCUGUAAUAACGCAGGAAGGAGAACGUCCUGUGGCUUUUGCAUCCAGAUCUUUGUCAAAACCAGAGCGUAAAAACCAAGCCAAUAGCGAUGCACUAAGUCGUUUGCCUUUGCCUGUUAAACCGGAUUAUAUACCGCCUUGUGGUGAUGUAGUGAAUCUUCUUGAAGCAGUCGAUUCUACCCUUGUUAAAGUUGAUGCAAUUCAGUCUUGGACGAGAAGAGAUCCUGUACUGUCCGCAGUUAUGCAUCAUACUCAAAUGGGCUGGCCAAAAUCUUCUGACAUAGACCCAGAAUUAAUUGCUCGUAAUCAUGUAUGGUGGCCUGGGGUUGAUGCUGAUAUUGAAGAGUUGGUGAAAUCUUGCAGUUUGUGUCAACAGUUACGUCCCAGUGCACCUCAAGUUCCUGCUAGCCCAUGGUCUUAUCCUAAUGGUCCAUGGCAAAGAAUACAUAUGGACUAUGCCGGUCCAGUUGAUGGGAAAAUGCUUCUUGUUAUUGUUGAUGCGUUUAGCAAAUGGCCAGAUGUGUGGAUUACAUCGUCAGUUUCUGCUCAUGAAACUAUUGAAAAAGUCAGACUUUCAUUUGCUACACAUGGAUUACCACUAGUUGUAGUCACUGACAACGCUGGUGUUUUGCAGGAGACGAAUUUGCAACAUUUCUAA